UUGACGUUUACGUCAUUACCAUUUUAGCACAUACCAUGUAAGAAUGUAUAAGAAUGAUUUGGAAAAAUAUCUAAAUUAAAUGAUUAUAUCUACCAAUAGGUUUUCAAAGGCCUAUUGUCCUUGGACAGAGGUCGCUUAGGGUACAAAGAUAUGAGGAAGGGUUUUUAGAUGUCGCUUUUAAAAUCCCCCUUUAUAUUGUGGGUAUGAGCCAGUAUGAGGGCUGAAGUGGUUCUGGUGUUGUUGGUCGACGUGGUCUGGGAGGCGUGCCAGGGUUACUAUGAGAUGGACUACAGUCAGAACGAAGAUACAGACUUCUAUGACACCUACGACAGUGAUAUAGGCACAACUUCUUUGCUCACUACCACGGAGACAGAAUCAGAUGUCCCCGCCAGGAUACGAAGGUUCAAGCCGCCGGAUUCGACAAGCAACUCAGAAGAACAAGCUAGCAAUGAUUUCGCUCCCAUCACUCCCACCCUGUCCGUCAAUAUCAGAGUUGAUAGUUACAAGGAGUCACGGUUACAAAGACAAUGA